CGCCCGGGGCGGGCUGGGAGGCGGAGCAGGAUCAUCGCCGUGCCUGCCGCUUCUCCUCCUUCGGCCGCGGCUGCUGCUGCUGCUCGGGCGAUCGCGGCGGCGGAGGAGCCCAGCUGAGCCGGGGCCGGGGCGCCGGUGGUGGUCGGCCAUGGCGGCGGCGCUGCUGCCCUGGCGGCGGGACAAGUGGGUGCUGGUGGGGCCGGAGGAGCGGAAGCGGCCGGGGAAGGGCUGGGCGCCGCGGCUGAGCUGCGCCUCGCUGCUGGCCUCGCUGCUGGGCUGGUGGCCGGAGCUGUGGGCGGCGGGGGCGCUGGGCGGGCUGUUCCGCGGCCGGCGCCGGACGGCGCAGCUGAACGCCGAGGAGCCCACCUUCCGCGUCUGCUACCUGGGCAACGCGGCCACCCUGCAGGCCAAGGGCGAGGGCUGCGCCGAGGCGGCGGUGGAGAAGCUCUGGGCGCGCAGCCAGGCCGGCCAGCGCGGCGCCCGCAUGCAGCUCAGCCUGGGCCCGCAGGGGCUCCACCUGCGCCCGGCCAGCGCCGCCAAGGAAAGCCGCCGGCCCGGCCACGCCUACCUGCUGCACCGCAUCACCUUCUGCGGGGCCGACCGGCGCCACCCGCGCGUCCUGGCCUGGGUCUACCGGCACCAGGUGAAGAACAAGGCGGUGGCGCUGCGCUGCCACGCCGUGCUGCUCUCCCGGGCCGAGAAGGCGCAGGCGGCCGCCCGGCUCCUCUUCCAGACCUCGGCCGCCGCCUUCAACGAGUUCAAGCGGCUGCAGCGGCGGAGCGACUCGCGGCGGCUCCAGCGGCAGCUGCUGGGGGAGGCGGUGGUCCCGCUGGCGCCCCUCCGCCGGCUGCUCAACGCCAAGUGCCCCUACCGGCCGCCCCCGGAGCGAGGCCGCAACGCCCCCCGGCUCAGCUCCAUCCAGGAGGAGGAGGAGGAGGAGGAAGGGGAGAAGGAGAAGAGGAAGAACGAGCGGCCCGCCUUCUGCACGCCCACCCGGGCCACCCACGACUGGCUGGCCACCCGCACCACCGUCCUCUGUGCCAUCGGCAGCCUCGGCCCGACCAGCCCGGCCGGCCACCCCUGCGGCCCCCUUCUUCCCGACGCCAAGAUGACCAGGGGCCUGGAGCGGCCGGAGAUUCAGACUUUGGUGCGGGAAUUCCAGUUCUGCAGCUUGCGAGGUGCGCUGCCGGUGGGGGAGGCGGCCUCCUGGACACCUAGCCGGCAGCUCCCUUGCCUCUCCCGCUAGGAGGGCCCAAGCCAUAGUUUUUAAAGUUUUAAAUUCCUGGAGAUUUGGGCAGGAGAGACCAGUUUGGGGGGGGGGGGGGCUUCCAUGCUGUUCCCUCCUGGCAACAGAUCCAGAGUUUGACAAUCGAGACCCAACCCUCCUCCCCCAAUGCUUGUCCACUGUGUUCCACCGUCUGUCCAGCCUCACAUUAUCGCAGCUUUUUCUGGCUUGGUGAGAAACAACCAAAAGCUUUGCGUCCUUUUCUGUGGAUUUUGGAGAGUGGCAGAAGAAGGAAGCCCCUGUGAGCUGGUGCUCAGCAGGAUGGGACUCUUGGUACAUUGGGGGGAGGGGGGCAGUUUUUGCAUAUUUGGUGGCCUUGAGGAGGGAGAGAGGAUGGUGUUUGUACUUGCUGAACUACAAAAAAUGUGGGGGGGGGGGAGGGAGGGAGAAACGCCUUUAAAUAAACUCUCUCUGGGUAUCUGCAGAGGUUGGUUAGUACGG